GAGGGGAAGAUGAUGCUGAGGGGAGGUGGGGGGAGGUUACUGCAGUGAAGACAGAGGACGCAUACACACUUGAAGAAGCCGUAUAUUGAUAUUUUAAUGAUACACUAGCUGAUUGGAAUAUCAGAGGCUCAGUGUAGUGAUUGGAGGCAGUGUGGAGGAUAAGUGGAAUAAAAGGCUGCUGGUUUAUAUAAAGAUUUUAUUAGAGUGAAUCCGAGCAGCAGACUGGCAAUAUAACCCAAACCAUGACCAGCCAGUCUCAGGGGAUCCAGCAGCUGCUGCAGGCAGAGAAGAGAGCAGCCGAGAGAGUCUCGGAGGCCAGAAAACGUAAAGCACGCAGGCUGAAGCAGGCCAAGGAGGAAGCACAGGUUGAGAUCGAGCAAUAUCGCAUCGAGAGAGAGAAGGAUUUCCAGACCCAGCAACGCACAGCCCUGGGAACUCAAGGAGACCUGUCCUCAGAAGUCGAGGCCAGAACACGACGGACUCUGCAGAUGGUACAAAGCUGUCAUGGUAAGAACAAGGAGGUCGUUUUAAGAAGAUUGCUGAGCCUGGUCUGCGAUGUGAAGCCGGAACUCCACCCCAACUAUCGCCUCAACAGCAACUGAGCAAUGUUUCACUUUCACUCACCCAAGACCCCCCGUCAACAUGGUUUUAAAAGUGAAAGAAUCUGUUUCACUCUCUGACACAUGGACUGUCUACCAUCUAAUGAUAAAACUAUCAAUUGACUAUCAACUGUCAAUUGGGGCCAGUAUAACCGUUAGGUAAUCUAGGCCACCUAAAUUUAAAUAUUUAGAGAGUGAUAUUUCUCCCCUUUUGCUUGAGUCUUAUACAUUAGCAGACAGACAUUGAUGAUGGAUAUUUAAGUAUUAAUUUUAACCUACUGAUCAGUGAUGAAUAAUCACUCCAGCUUUUGAUGAGAACGGCUCCCAUGAUGUUUGGCUGAGGUACAUGUUGAAUAAUGUAGUUCACAGCUGGAGUGCCAAAUUUUACCCAUCACUGGCCUUCAAAGAGCUGAGUAUCCCCUAACUUCCAGGAUCUGAUAUGCAAAAUGGACCCAGAGAGUGAUAAAGAUUCCUAAAUUUAGUCCUCAUUGUGACUGCUAUAUUGUAUUCAUUAAUACUGUCUGGUGUUGUUAUUGUAUCUAUUGUGGCAAAUAAAAUAUUAAACAGAAAUAAAGACAGAAGACAACAAAA